AACCUACUUUGGCAAAAAGCCCGUCCUCCUGAUUGCCGACCCAGUGGUCAUCAAGCGCAUCCUCACCACCGACUUUCAGCUGGUCCGCAACCGGCCCGAGUCUUCAGCGGGCCAUCGAAUCUUCGGGCAGAAUGUGGUCGCCGCCAAGGGCGAGGCCUGGAAACGCAUUCGCAGCAUCCUCAAUCCAAUGUUCAGUCCGCUGAAGCUGAAGCGAAUGGAGCCGAUGAUGGAGGACUGCGUCCGCUCGAUGAUGACCUUCUUGGAACGGGAGGUAGAAGGAAGUCCUGGUGAUAAAGGAAAAUAUUCCUUGGAUGUUCGAAACACCAUGGGCAAUUUUACGAUUGACGUGAUAGCAAAGUGCGCCUUCGCCACCGAUACAAACGCCCACAACUCCACCUCUUCGAAUCCUUUCGUCACCAACGCCAAAAACUUUUUCGCCUUUCGACCCGCCCGUUUCAUCGCCAUGUCCCUUCUGCCCAAGUUCGUCCAGAAGUUCCUCGUGAAGAAUAAGCUCCCGCCAUUGAACAUUGAGGAGUACGACUUCUUCGAGGCGGCCACCAGGCAUAUGAUUGAGAAGCGGAAGGAGGAGCUGCGGAGUGGGCGAGGUGAUGGUCACCAUGAUCUGCUGCAGUUGAUGUUGAGGGCUGAAGAGGAUAAAGAACUGGUGAACUCCAUUGAGAAUUCCACCGCCACACUUUCCGAAGAGGAGCUGGCCAGUCAGCGGGAGUUCAGGGAGAUCAUCGGCACGAAGUAUCUCACCGAAGAAGAGGUUCAGGCGCAGGCGAUGGUCUUCUACCUGGCCGGAUAUGAAAGCACUGCGAAUACCCUCAGUCACCUGCUCUACCUCCUGGCACUUCAUCCGGAAGUUCAGCAGAGGCUGUUCCAGGAACUUCAGCAGGCAAAAGAGGAGUUUAGGAAGCCGUUGACCUUUACCGAGCUCCAGAAACUCCCCUACCUCGAUGCGGUGGUCAGUGAGACGCUUCGCCUCUACUGUCCCGCCCUUCAGGUGCCCAGAGAGGCUGGCGUCGAUUACCCGAUUCCAGAGUAUAAUUUAGUCGUCGAGAAAGGAACCUUCAUCAUGCUGGACAUUUUCCACAAUCAUACCUCGGAAAAGUACUGGCCCCAGGCGGAGAAGUUUGAUCCCGAAAGAUUUAUGGGCGAAAAUCGAGAGAAGAUUGUUCCGUACACUUUUCUCCCCUUCAGCUCGGGGCCUAGGCAGUGCAUUGGCANGAAAUCGGCAAAAGAGGAGUUUAGGAAGCCGUUGACCUUUACCGAGCUCCAGAAACUCCCCUACCUCGAUGCGGUGGUCAGUGAGACGCUUCGCCUCUACUGUCCCGCCCUUCAGGUGCCCAGAGAGGCUGGCGUCGAUUACCCGAUUCCAGAGUAUAAUUUAGUCGUCGAGAAAGGAACCUUCAUCAUGCUGGACAUUUUCCACAAUCAUACCUCGGAAAA